CCACAUUUUGGCGCUGCCUGUGGGGAUCUACCACAAAACUCUUUAAUCUCAAAAUCUCUCUUUCCCAACCAAGAAACUAUGUCUGACCAACAAGCGUUGAACGAUUCAAUCGCCUUGCUUAAUCAGACAACCACUAAUCUGACCACUCAGAUUGGUACACUCGUUGAUGCCAACACCACUUUUAACACCACUUUUAGUGAAAGGUUGAACUCAAUCGAGCAAACCUUGACGAGUGUUCAAACCACCCAGACAGAUUUAUCAAACGCGCAGAACGUUGAUUCAAGCCGUUUAGAUACUUUGCCUUCAGUGCAGGUAGCAGCGCGUCAGCGUAGGCUAUUCGUAACUCCCGCACAAAACAGGACCGGGAAUACUCAAACUCCUCCAGCAGGCCAGCCUGCUAGUACUAGCAAUCAGGCAGCCGUAGGGGAUGGGACUAACCCAACCGGGGAAGUAAUUCCCCAGGAUCAGGGAAUUCCUGCUAUUGACGACGGAUUCCUUAUGGAAAAUCCCGAUGUCACCUUCUCACAUGAUUUCGUCAAACUUCGUCAAGAGCUUGAUGAAAUGAAGUCGAAGUUUCAUCAGGCGACCAGUUCGGCGCCUGAAAUCGAUCGAGUAAUCGAAGAAACUCGGCGAACACCGUUCACCUCGAGAAUCUCGAACCUUCGGAUCAAGGAUUCUCGAAAGAUCGCUGCUAGCAGAAUCGAUCUAGAACCAGACGAGGAAGAUGCCGGAUAUUGCAAACUAUUCGCCGAAAAUCUAUCCGAAUCGGCCCUACUAUGGUUUCCUCAGUUGGAGCCUGGAACUGUCGAUAGUUUUAAGGAAUUGUCCUCUGCAUUCCUAAAACAGUAUUCCAUGUUCAUGGAAAAGGCAACCUCUGAUGCAGAUCUUUGGAAUUUAACCCAAGGUCAGAAUGAACCACUUCGCAAAUAUAUCGCUAAAUUCAAAGAAGUGAUAGCCAAAAUUCCUGGGGUAUCGCACGCUGCUGCCCUUUCUGCUUUAAGGAACGGACUCUGGCAUGAAUCCCGAUUUCGGGAAGAAAUCAUCGUCAAUCGUCCAAGCACCAUCCAAGAUGCUUUAUUCAGAGCUACUAAUUGGAUGGAGGCAGAAGAAGAAAAGCUUAGCCUCGCUAAAAAGCAUCGGCCAGCAAAAUUGGUCGUUGGAAAUCCAACGAAAAAGUUCGAACCAAAAGAUCAAAAACGGUUCGGAGUCAAUCCUGCUACUAAUGCUGUAGGGAAACCCUCCCCAAACAGAGGAAGAUACAAUCCUCCUAAUACUUGGGUUAGAGAUGAGAGUGCCUAUUGCGAUAUUCACAGAGUAAACGGGCACUCCACCAAAGAUUGCAGCGUACUCAAAAAGCACCUCAUCGAACUGUGGGCAGCUGGAGAGCUCGCUAAUUUCAAUAUCGAGGAGUUUGUGGAAUCUUACCACAAAGAAAAAGAAGAUUCCGAAGCUUCUAAUCCUCCUGAAAAGAAACAUAAGCCCAAUGGACCCGGAACUCCGAACACUCCUAAGAAAAGGAUCGAUGUUAUAAUGGGAGGAUCCAAAUUAUGCCGAGAUUCGAUCAGAUCAAUCAAAAGGCACAAGAAAUCAGCAGCAAUUCAACCGCUGUGCCUAAUUGAUACUGGAAGCUCGGUAGAUCUCAUAUUUCUAAGCACUUUGCAACGAAUGGGAAUCAGUAAAGCCGACAUUAUCGGUCCACCGGCACCAUUGGUAGCUUUCACAAGUGACACAUCUAUGUCCUUAAGAAACAUAAAACUACUAGUACUCGCUGCAGGGGUUCCAAAAAUUGUAGAAUUCAUUGUUUUCGACCGUCCGGCCGCUUACAACAUAAUUCUCGAAACUCCGUGGUUAUUCCAAAUGAAGGCUAUACCUUCAACUUAUCAUCAAUCUGUGAAAUUUCCGACUCCUGGAGGAAUCGGAACUAUUCGAGGAGAUCAGGAAACAUCUCGUUCUUGCUACCUCAUGGGACAUCCAAAAGAUAUGCCCGGAAUCGACAAAAGUAUCAUUACCCAUGAAUUAAACGUCGAUCCCAGUUUUAAACCAUUAAAGCAAAAAAGAAGAAAACUGGGUCCUGAUCGAGCUCAAGCGGUCAAUGACGAAGUUGAUAAGCUUUUGAAAAUUGGUUCCAUUAGAGAAGUAAAGUACCCAGACUGGUUAGCAAACCCCGUGGUAGUCAAAAAGAAGAAUGGAAAGUGGAGAGUAUGUGUCGAUUUCACUGACAUUAACAAAGCAUGUCCUAAAGACAGUUUUCCUCUCCCUUAUAUCGAUCGGCUCGUAGAAUCAACGGCCGGAAAUGAACUCUUAACAUUCAUGGAUGCAUUUUCUGGAUAUAAUCAGAUCAUGAUGAAUCCCGAAGAUGAAGAGAAAACAUCCUUCAUAACAGAUAGAGGAAUCUACUGUUAUAAAGUUAUGCCAUUCGGUUUAAAAAAUGCCAGGGCAACAUACCAACGUUUAGUUAACAAAAUGUUUGCAAAACAUUUGGGCAAAACGAUGGAAGUUUAUAUAGAUGAUAUGCUCGUAAAAUCUCUUAAGAAAUCCGAGCACAUCACUCAUCUUGAACAAUGUUUCAAAAUUCUGAAUGAGUUCGGAAUGAAAUUAAAUCCAGCUAAAUGUUCUUUUGGCGUACCUUCCGGAGAAUUCCUGGGGUACAUAGUCACGGAAAGAGGAAUAGAAGCAAAUCCUAAUCAUAUUAACGCUUUCCUCACAAUGCCUUCGCCAAAAAACAUUAAAGAGGUCCAACGAUUGAUAGGCAGAAUUGCUGCAUUGAAUCGUUUCAUCUCAAAAUCUACCGAUAAAUGUCUCCCUUUUUAUCAAAUUUUAAAAGGAAACACAAAAUUUUGGUGGGAUGAUCAAUGCGAAGCAGCAUUUGGUCAACUCAAAACUUAUCUGACAACACCGCCGGUUCUCUCAAAACCUGAGUCAGAUGAGAAACUUUAUUUGUACAUUUCAGUUUCUAAUCAUUCGGUAAGUGGGGUUUUAGUUCGAGAGGACCGAGGUGAACAAAAGCCGAUUUUCUACAUAAGUAAAUCUCUUACUAGUCCAGAAACGAGAUAUACCAUGAUGGAAAAAUUAGCUUUAGCAGUAGUCAUAUCUGCUAGAAAACUCAGACCUUAUUUCGAAUCUCAUCCGAUAGAAGUUUUAACUUCUCAUCCACUUCGCUCAAUUCUUCACGGUCCAAGUCAGUCCGGUAGAUUGGCGAAAUGGGCAAUCGAACUCAGUGAGUACGAUAUAAAAUACAAAAGUCGAACUAGCACAAAAGCACAAGUUCUGGCUGAUUUUCUAACCGAACUACCAUUAGAUGAUGGAAUCCUUAUUGAAACGGACUCCAUAUGGAAAUUACAUGUAGAUGGCUCUUCUUCUAAACAAGGAUCCGGAAUCGGUAUUAGGCUCGAAACUCCGACAAAGGAAAUAAUCGAACAAUCAUUUCGAUUAAUGUUCCCGGCUUCGAACAAUGAAGCGGAAUACGAAGCUCUCUUAGCAGGACUUCGGCUUGCUCUUGCAAUUGGAGCAGAAAAAAUAAUAGCUUAUUGUGAUUCUCAGCUAGUUGUAAACCAGUUCGCUGGAGAUUACGAAGCUAAGGCUCCUCGAAUGGAAGCCUAUCUUUCGGCUGCCGAGCAUAUCGAAACUCCAAAAUUAAGUUCCGGAAAUGAAAAUAGUUCGCUUGUUAUCACCAGAUCACGAGUAAAGUCUCAAGACGACGAACUUACUCCACCACUGGAACUUCCUAAAAGAAAGCCAAGAAGAAAAUUAAAGGAUCAAGAGGUUCCCAUUAAAGAACCAUCUCGAACUGAACAGUCACUUCUAGGUGAUGAAGAAGUUCAGGAGACAGUCGAAGAUCCUGAUAUUCCUUCCGAACCUGAACCAAGGAAGUUUAUACUCAAGGAUAAUACUUCCGCUAAUGAUUGGGGGGCUGACUGGAGGGUACCCAUCAAAAAUUUUAUUCUUAAUGGAGAAUUACCAUCGAACAAGUGGCAAGCUCGCAAAUUAAGAAUCAUCAGCGCUAAGUAUUGCAUAAUUAAAGAGUCAUAGUACAAGCGAGGUGUCAGUAACCCUUAUCUUUUAUGUAUUUUCGGACCCGAAGUUGAAAUAGUGACAAGCGAGGUUCACGAAGGGCUUUCUGGUAGUCAUUCUUCGGGACGAUCAAUGGCUUUCAAAAUCAAACGAGGAUAUUUUU